UAUUUGUGAUUCGGUUCUAGAAGAGAUAUAUUAAAUACACGAAAAUGGCCACUUAUUUACAAAGGGCUGCUGUUUCAUAUGUUAGAAAUAAUGCACGACUUGCUUCACACGCGGCGACCGCUGGUGGACAUGGAGGUGGCUGGAAGUUCUGGAGGGGUCUGUCCUUCUUCGUAGGCUUCCCCGCUGUUGGUUUGGGAAUGCUGAAUGCUUACCUCGCCCACAAGGAGGAACAUCACGAACGCCCUCCCUUCGUCGCACACGAAUAUUUGCGCAUCCGUUCAAAGAGAUUCCCAUGGGGUGAUGGCCAGAAAACGCUCUUCCACAACCCCCAUGUCAACGCCCUGCCAAGUGGUUAUGAAGAUGAGCAAUAAACAUCAGCUUUAAUUUAUUUAGCCCAACUGUAUUAGAUCCAAAUUGUUGUUUAAGUUGAACAUAAACAUUUUGUUUGUACAUGUAAUGACAGAGCUAAUUGAUGUUAUUUGAAAUAUGGCAAAAUUAGCAAAUGUUGUUUAGCAUUAAACUACAACUACGUAAAACUGAA